AGAGCUCCUCCGACAAGAAGUCCAUCCUGACCAUCCUCAAGGUCCUCGGAGAUCUGCUUUCUGUUGGCACAGACCGGAGAAUUCACUACAUGAUCAGCAAGGGUGGCAGUGAGGCUCUUCUGCAGACCCUGGUAGACACAGCGAGGACAGCUUCUCCAGACUAUGACAUCCUCCUGCCUCUCUUCCGGCUGCUGGCCAAAGUUGGCCUGAGAGAUAAAAAGAUUGGACGGAAGGCCCUGGAAUUGGAAGCACUUGAUGUGACAUUGAUUCUGGCCAGGAAGAACUUAUCCCAUGGCCAGAACCUCCUUCACUGUCUCUGGGCUCUGCGUGUGUUUGCCUCCAGUGUCUCCAUGGGAGCCAUGCUGGGAAUUAACGGAGCCAUGGAACUGCUUUUCAAGGUUAUUACUCCUUAUACCCAAAAGCGCACCCAAACAAUCAGAUGCCCAGUGUUGUGUCACGAUGACUCCUCCCUCCUGUGGAGAUUAAACCUGCCCUACUUCUCUAGCAUGAACCUAAAAUUAGAUGUGCAGCUGUCCUCCAAUGAAGCCCUGUCUCCAGAUAGUACGCAGGGCAAGAUUUACAACAGAAGCUCCAACCACAUACCUGCUAGAGAGAAGGGACAUGAAGAGCAAUGUCACUAA